AUGGCCAAAUUGAGGAUAAGUCUAAUGCCUGAAUCAAAUAAUGUACCCAUUUCUCCUAUAACUCCUUAUAGUCCCAUUCAUGACAGGAUGGAAAAUCCUGCCGCGAGAUUAAUGCGUCAACUAAAAAAAUGGAGGAAAAAUGCAACUGAUCGAUGGUUGGCAAAUCGAAUUUUGUAUCCAACCAUAGCAAUUGCAUUUUUACUAGCUUUUAUUUUUCAAUUGGUUUCUCCGGAUAUUAGUCUAAAUCCCUUGCAAACGGAUUGUCCAAUAGGUCCUGAUAUAAGAGACGCUUAUGGUCUUAGAAAUGAGUUGAUGGCCACUUUGAUUGUCGGUUCUUUUACUUUCAUCAUGUUUGGUGUCUGGGAAUCUUCUUUACCUCAUCUCAAACCUUAUUUCGGAAGUUUUAUGUUCCCAUGGAUCACUUUUAUGUUGAGUCACACUUUAUCAAUUACGAUACCUGUUUGGAAUUCAUAUAAAAGUUCUUUUGAUAUUUCAAAGUUGGCAAUAUUCCAUGAUAAAAGGAUUUCGCGUUCAAAGAAAUACGAACAAUUUGAAAAGGUUUUGGCUGAUCCUGAUCUAUUUAAACUUUAUAAAGAGGAAUACCAAUUCCUAAAAAUGUUAGUGGCCAAAUGUUGCACCCCAUCGAAAAGUUUAAUUCCACCACCAACUCCUAAACUUCACCUGGUAGACAGCAAUCACAUUUUAUUUACUGAGGAAACUCUACUUAUAAAAGAUACUUCUAUUUUACCACCGUUAUCACCUUCAAUUUACGUUUCUACUCCAUGUACAAAGUCAAUCGUUGAAUCGAUUUCUGCUGCCUCCUGGAUUCCAUUCCCUUAUGAACUUAGAUAUGACUAUAGAUCGUUUUAUGAUACUUAUUUGGAUCCAAAUUCGGACUUGGCAAUUAAUUUUUCUGGAAGUAUAGUAAAUAAUGUUAAAAAUAUGAUAGAUAAGGGUCAAUUUGAGUUGUCCAUGUAUGAAAAUGCUAGAGAAGAAACAUUGACUUUAUUGUAUGUCAACACUUUUGAAAAGUUUUUGG